CAAGAAAAAAACUGUUCUUUUUCUCCAAUUAGCUUUCUGGUCAGCGAGGAUUGGAGGACAAUUCUCGCUGAAGCUUCAUCCAGUCCUCCUCGGUCUCCAAGAUUCUUAUGAAAUCGCACUACACACUUCCAAGCUGUAAGAAUCCUUUUGAUUUCCCGUUCUGAUCUUCAUCUGAGUUUGAAUUUUCCAGAAUUUUAAGCCUCCGAGAUGAUGAAACCGGGAUUAUCAUUAUUGAUAGGGUUGAAGGCAGCAGCUCUGUUCUCUCAAUUCCUGUUCCUUAGAUUCUAUGGCUUCAGAUUGUUAUCGAUUCCUUUCUUGUACGCUUCUUUAGUUUCUCUCUUGGUUUCAAUCGCUUCUCUUCCUUCUAUCAAUCUUCCCCUGCUGUUGGGGAAGAAAUCGGAUGGGACUUUUCCUGUUUGGUCGAUCGUGAUUUUUGGUCCGUUUUUGUUUUUCGUUCGAUUUCUUCCUUCGUUGCGUGGAUUGUACCUUAGGGAUGAUCCUUACUCUGAAAUUUGUGAGGGUGUUUAUGUUGGGGGGUGGCCUUAUUCACCUGAUCGAUUGCCUCCUUGUAACCCUGCCGUUGUUGAUUGUACUUGUGAACUGCCGAGGUGUUUGGAAGUCUCUGGGACUGGUUACUUGUGUGUUCCAACUUGGGAUACGCGGUCUCCUCAGCCUGAAGAAAUUGAAAGGGCUGUUCGGUGGAUUUGUAAGAAGAGAGAGCUGAAGAAGCCGGUGUUUAUUCAUUGUGCUUAUGGCCAUGGAAGAAGUGUUGCUGUUACAUGUGCAGUGUUAGUGGCUCUAGGAGUGGCAGAAGAUUGGAAAAAUGCAGAGAAGAUAAUAAAAGAGAAACGAUCUUGCAUUCGGAUGAAUCCUUCUCAUCGUAAAGCCUUGGAAGAAUGGUCGAAACAUCGGUUAUCCGCUCCGAAGAAGAAGAAAGAUAUUGAUGUGAGUUCUAUGCUUGUUUCUGGUAGCUGAGGAGCAAAAAGAUGAACCUCCCUUUGUAACCUUGUGCAUCUUACUUAUUGCUUGGAUGACCAUUUGAUGUAAUGGAUGAAGUUUUAAGUACUGCUAAUAUUAAUAGGUAAACAAACAAACUUUGUUGCAAGAA